AUGGUAACUUUUGCGGAGGAAGUGAAAGUUGGAGGUUGGUGUAGAUUUCCGAUGUGGGACUCUGUGCAAGUCGCCGCGGUGUCGGGAGUUUCGGCAGGUGCCUGGCACCUCGGAAGAGUGUCUUCCUUCGGCAGGAGAGAAGGCGUGUCUGCCUUGUUGGGUACCUUCGACAGAGAGGUAGGCUUGGGCCUUGAAGUCAGAUUUGGGAUCUUUGAAGUUGGGCCCUUCAUGGUGGCCUUAGUGUUUGAGCUCAAGUGUAUUUGGAGCUGGGUCUUUGGUAGAAAAGAGCCGAGUGCCUUGAUUAAAUUUGGAACUGGGUUCAUUGUGAACUUGUUACAAGUGGGACUUGGCUUACAAGGGAGUAGCUCGUGGGCCUCCGGGCGUUUUAGAGCUGGUCGUGACCGUGCUUUGACUUUGGGAGGCAAGGGGCUAGGCCCUUUUUGUGUCGGCAGAGUAGCUGGUCCAAAUUUGGGCCUAGGCAAAACUCUCCUUGUUGCAGCAAGGUGGCUGGGCUGGUGUUGGGCUUUAAGCAAGGCCUUAGGGUUUAAAAUUCAGGGGGGUAGGGGAUAA